AGGAGAGAACUCAGCUCUCACUCCCAGGCUCCAGAGAGCAGAGGAAGGGGCUGCAGAGCGUAGGGCCAAACAGGCCUUCUCUCCCUGGUGCAAGUCGCCCAGCUAUGGGGACCUUCGACCUGUGGACGGAUUACCUGGGUUUGGCACAACUGGUCGGGGCUCUGCGUGGGGAAGAGGAGCCCGAGGCCAGGCUGGACCCCCAGCCAGAGCCAACACCAGGACCGGAGGGCCAGAAACCCAGUCCAGAAUCGUCAUCAGCUCCUGAACGCCUGUGCUCUUUCUGCAAACACAACGGCGAGUCCCGGGCCAUCUACCAGUCUCACGUGCUGAAGGACGAGGCGGGCAGGGUGCUGUGUCCCAUACUGCGAGACUACGUGUGUCCCCAGUGCGGUGCCACACGGGAGCGCGCCCACACCCGCCGCUUCUGUCCACUCACCGGCCAGGGCUACACCUCGGUCUACAGUUACACCACCCGAAACUCAGCUGGCAAGAGGCUGGCCCGGCCUGACAAGGCGAGGACACAGGAUGGUGGCCACCGCAGAGGAGGAGGAGGAGGAGGAGCGGCGGCUGCGGCAGCAGGUCCCAAAGGUGCUGGGAAGUCUUCUGGAUCUUCGCCUUCUGCCUGCUGUCCCUCCACUUCAGCCUAGGAGGCUGGCGCGGGGAGGACAGGGAUGCCGCCUUCGCCAGGGGAUGGGGACCGAGGCUCAGGGGCAGCUGGACUCCAGGGAAGACUCACUCUGAGGACCCACCCCUAGACCCCGCCCCCGGCUGGGUUUGAGAACUUGGGGGGCGGGUGAGGGAACUGCCGAAAUAGCUGGUCUUCUGAGCUCCACCCUCUGGCAGGGGCCAGGGCCAGCAUUGUUCUGUU